UACACACACUUAAAAUCGUGUUGAGGGGUUGAGGCUGUGAUCGUAAUCUAGUCCAAAUCUGAAAACCCUAGUUUCAACCCUCACUCACUCGCUUCACUCCAAGAAUCACCAAACGAAGCCAUGGUUAACGAAUCCAUCACCAAGAAGCGAAAGCUCGUCCCCAAAUCCUCUCAAUCGGCGGAGCUACCGUUCAAGCUGCAGAACAAGUUGGAGGCUGAGGUUCAAGAGUACGAAGAAGUCGAAGAAGAAGUAGAGGAAGAAGUGGAGGAGGAAGAAGAAGAGGAGGAAGAGGAAGAGGAGGGUGAAGAAGAAGAAGAAGAAGAAGAAGAGGAAGUGGAAGCGGAAGCGGAGGAGGAAGACGAUGAACCGAUCCAGAAGCUUCUCGAACCCAUGGGGAAGGAGCAGAUCAUUAGCCUCCUUGCCGACGCGGCGUCUAACCACCGCGAUGUAGCAGAUCGGAUCCGUAAGGUGGCCGACGAGGACGUUUCUCAUCGGAAAAUCUUCGUUCACGGCCUCGGGUGGGAUACCACCGCCACGACGCUGGUUUACGCGUUCCAGCAGUACGGCGCGAUUGAGGAUUGCAAGGCGGUUACCGAUAAGGUCACCGGGAAGUCGAAGGGGUACGGGUUUAUUCUCUUCAAGUCGCGGCGUGGUGCGCGUAACGCGCUCAAGGAGCCGCAGAAGAAGAUCGGGAAUCGUAUGACAGCGUGCCAGCUUGCGUCGAUUGGGCCCGUGCAGCAGAGCCUGCCUGCGGCGGCGGCUGCGCCGUCGCCGCAGACGGAGUACACUCAGAGGAAGAUUUAUGUGAGCAACGUGGGAGCCGAUCUGGAUCCGCAUAAGCUGCUGGCGUUCUUCUCGCGGUUUGGGGAGAUUGAAGAAGGGCCGUUGGGGCUUGAUAAGCUUACUGGGAAGCCGAAGGGGUUUUGCUUGUUCGUUUACAAGAGCCCGGAGGGCGCGAGGCGCGCCUUGGAGGAGCCUCACAAGGAAUUCGAGGGUCAAAUUUUGCAUUGUCAGAAGGCGAUUGAUGGACCCAAGGCCGCGAAAACUCCGCAGUAUCAACCGCAGCAGGGUAUUCAGAGAACCCAGUUUCAGAGGAAUGACAACAACGCUGGCUUUCUCGGUGGUGCUGGUGCUGGUGGUGUAGCUGGUUCUCAACCUGGCCACUUGAUGGCCCCUGCAGGACCUGGGAUUGCUUACAGUCAAGCUGCUGCGGCGCAGGCGGCGGCACUGAACCCGGCUCUGGGGCAGGCGUUGACCGCGCUGCUGACGUCUCAGGGUGCGCUGGGUCUGACUAAUUUGUUAGGAGGCCUCGGAACGAGUGGUGGGAUUAAUCCGGUUGUGAGUUCUGCUGCUGCUGCGGGGCAUGGCGUGCAGAGUGGUUACAGUGCCCAGCCAAGUAUAAGCCCUGGUGUUAUUGGAGGGUAUGCAAGUCAGCUCGGGUUGCAGGCGCAAUAUCAGAACCAGCAGACCGGGCAGGGUGGCACUGGGAGAAGUCAAUAUGGUGGUGCUCCUUACAUGGGGCAGUAGGUAUGUACCAGAUUCUACAUAAGUGCAUCAGUGUUUUAUUACUGGCCUGGUGAUUCUUCUGAAGUUUAAGGAGCUGAUGCAAUUGGCGUGUUUAUAAUGAAACUUUACUUAGCACUAUGAUCAGAAUAUUUAAAUUAUCUAACAGUGUUCUGUUUUCGCCACCUACUCUUCACCUUUUAUUCCAUUUCAAAACGUUGUAUUAUUUUAACUUUAGUUUGUCUUCUAAAAACUUAUUGAACUGUUUUUGUACCUUAAAUUAUAGUUUUAUUGGUACUAUGAGGAGUUCGGGAUGCUUAUCAAA